AUUUUUUCGCAAUAUUUGAUUUCCACAAAUUUAUUAAAUUAGAUUGAAAAAACAACAAAAUUAGAAGUACUAUAAUACUAAAUGUUAAAAUUUUUGUUUUUUUUUGUAGUUACAGCUAUUAACUUUUAGAUAAUCAACUCUUCAUAUACUCCUUUAUCUACAAAUGGUUUUGCUUGUUCAAAUAACCUAUAUUACAAUGCCUAAACCUAAAGAUGUGAGUACAAUUUAAAUGGAAUUAAUUAUUAUGACCUUUCAUAUUAGUGUGAUUAUUUAAAUGGGUAUGCAGAAUAUACUGAUCAAAAUAGUGUAACAAGAUGCAGAAAAAUAACCUCUUAUAAAUUAGGCUAAUCCUGCAAAUACUAUAGUGCAGAUAUUACAAAUUAGUCUCUGAUUUGUUAAGAGUGUUCACCUGGUUACGCUCUUCUAAACGGGUUUUGUUUAAGCUUACCAAACAAUACAGGAUGCAAAGUUUUAUUAACAAGCGCUUCUAAUCCAUCUUAGAUACAAUGCCAAGCUUGUUUAAACAAUUAUACUCUUUAAGGAGGUGGCUGUUAAAUAUGCAUUAAAAAUGGAGCAAAUUAUUGUACUUAAACAAGCCCUUCAAAUCCUUGUUAAUGUACUGCUUGUAGUGACAACUUUGUUUUAGAUCCUAAUGGAUCUGGAUGUAUAAAAUGUCCUUAUAACGGCUGUGUAUGUUCUACUUCUUAAUCAGGGUAGAAUAUUUCUUAUACUUGCAAUUCUUGCCUUAAAGGUUACUAUAUGGAUGUAAAUCUUGAGGGUGUUAACUAAUGUUUUUCUUGUGAAACUAAAUUUGGUUCUCAAUGUAACACUUGUACAAAAUAGCAAUGUACAGAGUGUAAAGAUUUAUACUAUCUAAACAGUAGCAGCUAGUGUACAAGCUGUCCUAUAGGUACAAAUUGUAGUAGUUACACUAGUAUAAUUGGAUGUGUUAAUUAAAACGAUAGCUUAUUUACAGUCACGGGUUCAUCAUUUAAAUAUUGCUCACAAACCGACCCAUAUGCAAUAACAAAUCCUUUAAAUCCUGUAACAAUGCAGUGCAGAAACGGAUAUACUAAUUUAAAUGGAAGGUGCAUUUCAACUUUAAUAAAUUCUAAUUAACCAACAUGUGGUGAUUAUUGUAUUAACUGCUUAUAAAAUGCAGCAAAUAAUUAAUACUACUGCACAUUAUGUUAAGUAAAUUAUGCACUAUUGAACUCUUCUCAGACUUGCAUUACCUGCUAAGGAUUAACGUAUUAAUAGCAGUAAGAUAAUGAUAUAUUUUUUUUUUCGCCUUAAUCAUGCUACACUUCCAUGUCAAAUCCUUAAAAAGAUCCUAACUGUCUUCAUGAAUUUGGUUUUACUACUUAGGGUGUAUGCUUAAUUUGUGCUCCUGGUUAUAAGUUGAUCAGUUCAGUAUGUACAUAAUGCAUUACAUCCUCUUUAAAUGGUAGUGUACUUACAAUUACUUAUGCAUGUAAGACUUAACCAGCAACUAUAACCUUGAAUAUAACUCCAUAUUCUGUAAAUCCAUCUUAAGAUCCUUAAACUUAACCAUAAUUUUAUUCUGCUAUGUUGGGUAUUCCAUAAACUUUGUUAAAAAAUUUUUAAAUAUAAGUAAUAAACCCAAAACCAACUGAUGAUAACUAAACAAACAAUAAUAAACCUUAAAAUGACACUGAAAAUACUAAUAAUUAAAGUAGCUAAAAUACCUCUAACAUAUAAAAUAUUUAAAAUAAAUCUUUUAAAGAUAUUUUAUUUUAAAAAAUAUUAUUUUUAGCAAUAUUUAUAGCUAUUCUUUGA